AUGGCUGAACGACGGCAGAUUAUCGACUUACACAUGAGUGGCAUGAAGGUGAACGCGAUCUCCAAAGCCUUGUGCAUCUCACACGGUUGCGUCAGCAAAAUCAUCAGCAGAUACCGCCAAACGGGCAUACUGUCACCAGCGUCUUCACCAGAACAACGCCGCACCCGACGAAAGAAAAAUGAGUCUCCAGCAGUCACCGACACGCACGAAUACAAGCCAGACUUCAAGCAUGAAUACAGUCAUGCCGCUGACUACGUGACACAUGAUUUUCGUGUACACUAUGCUGCCACUGGUGGUGUCCAGCAUCCCGCUGACAUGGCAGCAAUGCAGCACUACACAAUGAUACCGGAGCACAUGAUAGCACAAGAAUAUCCCCAACCAGUGCUAUUGUGA